ACGUAGCGGGGCCAGAUGGGCCAAGAAGCCAGCACCAUUCCUCAUCGCUCCAUUCCGCCCGCUCCCCUCGUCGCCAUGAAGGUCCGGCGUGGCAGCUAUUCGCGGCUGCGGCAGGCUGCAGGUCUCCUCCUCGCGACGAGCGCCUUUGCCUCGGCCAAUACAGCACCCUCGCUCUAUGAUUACAAAUACGAUGGCACCACGACGUAUUGCUACUGGAUGGACCAGGGCAUGCAGGUGUCCAACUUCGACUUCGCGUACGUGCUAGAAGAGGGAACGAACUCCGAAUGCCCCCUCAGUGUCUCGCUCCAGCAAGCCACAACCGGCACUAUUCUUCUUGGAAGCGAAGUCGAGUACGCCUUCACGGCCACACUGAAUCUCAACCAAAACGUGUUCAACCUCACGGAACUCCAAGCUGUUGUGCCCGACCCCACUACGGGCCUCCCCAUGCAGGUUGGACACGCUAACAUCCACACGUGCUCGCGCUCCACCGUGUGCGAUAUCUUCCGUACAGGCUCAAACCGCAAGAUUGCGGACCAGGAGACGUCCAACUUUACCAGCUCCGGCACUGCCAGUUUUCGUCAGAAAAUUACGUACAGCAGCGCAGGUGAACGCAACGUGUUCGCGCACAUUAUUCUGCCUCCCAAAGACUUUUUGGAGAAGAGUUACCACUUCAUUACGUUCAUCACAACUAACGUAGAAGACAGCAUAACCAGUACAGCCGACGCCGACGACGGGGGACUCUCCACUGGCGCGACAGUGGGGAUGAUCAUCGGUGCCGUUGUCAUCGUUGUGGCUGUCAUUCUCUCUGUAGUCUUCUGGCGUCGUAAGCGUCGCCCUGGACAGGACACUGACCACUUUCGAAGCAGUGGAUUCGGCUUGCCUGCGUCGUACGUCGCGUCCAAAUCUAAGUCUCAUCUGGACUGGAAUGCCGAGCCUGAAGCGAGAUUGACGGGGCACGGCUCUGGCUGGAAAGACUACAGCGCUGGAGACCGCUCUCGUGGACCAGGUCUUAACGCUAGUGCGCUGGCCUUCAACGACCGUCUCAGUCGACAGAAUAAAACUGUGUCUUCCUCAGGUUCUCUGCACUCGAGUCGCGGUCCAGCUGACAUCUUCAACAACUACGACACGCCCAUGCAACGCUCAGCCACCAACUUCGGUGCUUCCGGACGUUCAGCUAGAGAUCCGUUCAACCGGUCGCAGUCCAUGUAUCCGGACGACUCGAUGUAUGACGACGGCGAGUCUAGAAUCGUCGAAGAAGACCCCAAUCUCGAGUACGGACGGACGCCUGACCUCGAGACUUUUGGUAUCGGAGGCGGCCACGGACCUUCGUUUGAGAGCGAGACUUCGAUCGGCACGUCGUUCGAGUACAACACGGACGACUCGCACUACAACCAACCGCCGUACAAUCCUCUUCUUAGUGGCUAUGGACGUGAAUCAGACAUGUCAAGUAUGGGCGAGACGGACGACUACAACAUGUACGAGCAGCCUCCUCCUCGUAUGCGUGGCAACACGCUGGACGCUCUGCUGACUGCUCCAGACGACCAGGGCAGCGAGAACGGGGAUAAUCGCACCAGUUCGGUCUCUUCAAUCGGUACCGUGGACUUUACGCAGGAUGAACCCUCUGUUCGAUCAGCAAAGCCCAUUACUUUUGAGCCGCUGGACGAGACCCUAACGAUGUCUGGUAUCGCCAAGGCAAAGGCUGCCAACUCGGGUCUUGGCAACACCAACUCAAGUGACAACAACGAGUUUGUUCUUCACGACAGCUCGGCGAAUUUCUCCUCGUCAAACGUUAGCAGUGACUAUGCCAGUACCGUCAGCUCGGUGGAUAUUGACGGCAACAAGACGAGAUUCGACAACACGUUUAACAGCACCAGCGACAUUGUGAGCAACGCAGACAUCGUGAGCACGACGGACUUUGAGUCGACUGUCAAUUCUGAUUAUGCUGGUGACAUUGCGAGCUCAGAGUUCAGUGCUAGUGGCAACGGUGAAUUCACGAAGCCCAGUAGCCAGAGCGAAGGCAGCAGCUUCAGUAGCGGGUUGGAAGGCUCGAGUUUUGACUCGGGUCUGGAGAGUUCGAGCUACGGUACUGAUGCGACGGGCAGUAGCUACGGUACUGGUCUGACUGGCUCGAGUUACGGCACAGAUGUGACUGGCAACAGCUACAGCACGAACCUGGCAGACUUGGCUCUAGACGUUAAGAAGGAGGAGAACGACCUGAGCAACACCCAGUCGACAUACGACUUUGACGACAAGUCCUUCCGUGCUUCCAACUCGUUCGCUACGUCUGCAUCCGACGAUAACCCGACGUCUGGCGAGGGUCUGCGUCCUAGACGUGUGUCUUCAGCUGAUGGAGAGAGCUACGAAUUCUAG